UUACAGUUAGUGAUCCCGUACAAAAAGUAACUGCUUGUAUAUUCUUGAUUGGGAAACAAAAACUGGAUGUAAACAUCUACGGGAAGCUGUCAAAUCCAUCGAAUUUUUGGCCAGAAAAUGUCAAGUAUGUUUAUUAAAUGUACUUCACGAGACAACAAUUCUAGAAAUGAACCCACAAAUGCAAAUACUGGAAGAACUAUGGAAGACAUAUCAAAGAACAUUGCAAACAUGUCAAAUGAUGUGCCAGCUGAUGGAACCAUCUCAUUCCAGGUUACAGCUUGUAAACGACAGGAGGGUGGAUUCAAAAAAGCAAGUGCGGAAACGUUGGUGGCUGAUGCGUCUGAUGUUGAAGCAAGCACGAGUACGGCUCUAAAUUGCAGAAAUUUAUCAUCAAACAGCCUUCUCGAUCGACGACAACCAUUAGUCACGGAUUACAACGCCUCUAGAUCAUCGUGCAAACGCAAACCAGCUUUACCAAAGAAGCGGCCGAGCACUAUGCAAGAGCCCGUGAUCAUAAGUGCUGAAACGGGUGAAGCUGUUGAUGAUGAUACUGCUCCCACGGAAGAUUCAGUUUGUUCAUCGAGAAAUACUGUUAUCAACAGGGAUUGCAGAUUUGGUCUAGUGAAUAACAACAUGAAAGGAAAGACAGCAGGAUCAACUGAUUUCUGUAAGAGUAACACCGAUUUACAACGAUUGUUAUCAACGACAGAGAAAUGCGUGCCUCCAAACUUCUGUGGUGCGACAAAUGCAGCGAAUAUAACAAAUAAAUAUCAAAAAACAACGGAUGCGAAAAUCUGCAAGCUUUCUGAACAAUUUAUGGAUCAACGGAAUGGUUCUGGCAUAUCAAAUCUGAAUGAUGUCUUGAUUUUAAAUGCUGCAGUGAACAGUUUUCUUUGGGCUAACGCAGCUGCCGGGACGGAUGGAGCAAAUGCUUUCAUCACUCCGGAAAUGCUUGCAUCUCUCUCAACUGCUGGUUUAUCACCUUCUUUAGGCGUUCCAUGCACCUCCACUCUUACUGACAGUUUACUGAAUGUUGAUCAGCAGCAAAAUGCAAACAUGUUGCUCCUAGAAGCGGCUGCUGCUGCGACAGCCGCAGGAACGAUACGAGAUCUGCUAGGGAUCACAUCGACGAACGGUAGUGAUGCAACAGCGGUAGAUGUGAUGAGCAGCCAUAAGCCAAAAUUAUCUGCAAUUCCAUCAACGUCUGCUACAGCAGAAAUAAUUGCUACUAGUGCCCCAAACAUCUUUUUCAAUGAUGAUGAUGAUGGAAUCAGCAAAAAACACGAUCAGCGUUUAGGGAAUCAUUCUUCACUGAAUGGUAGAGCAGCAUCUGCUAGCGAAAAUGUUGUUAAUAUGUUGAACUUGGGUGAUGUAAAACGCCAACCAAAUAAAGCAGUGAGGUGCAAAAUCAGUGAUGUAAAAUUAAACGUGAAAAGGCGAGCAAAUGAAGAGACUCUGAGCAGUGCAGCACGUGCGAUUACUAAAGAAGAAAAGAUCGAUCUAGAUGAGCUGGAAAAUUUUGCGCAAACGUUCAAAAAGCAGCGCAUUAAAUUUGGUUUCACGCAAGGUGAUGUUGGUCUUGCCCUUGGACGCCGUUAUGGUACUGACUUUUCGCAAACAACUAUAUCUCGCUUCGAAGCACUAAAUUUAUCCUUCAAAAACAUGUGCAAAUUACGGCCAUUACUCAAAGAAUGGUUGGAGGAUGCGGAAGCGGCAUUGGCCAACGGUGCAACAAUCAGUGAUCUUUUGGAUGCACCCUCUAAAGAGCCUACUUCACAUUACCCGACAUCGGUGAUACAUUUGCCACUGAAUAAUAACAAACCGAGCUCUGUAGUGAACGUCAGUGUAAACAGUGGUAACAAAAUGCCAAGCGACGAGCCGCCGUCACCAAAUGGAUCCAUUGUGUGCAGUUCAGGCGCUGGUGGUGGUGUCCCGCUGAAAAAACGUCGAAAGCGAACUAACUUGGAUCUAGCACAGCGUUCUGCACUGGAUGCUUACUUUGACAUGAACCCACGUCCAGAUCAUGAUCGGAUGGCUGAAAUCGCAGAAUUAGUAGGGCUAGAUCGAGAUGUAGUUCGUGUAUGGUUCUGUAAUCGACGCCAGAAACUUCGUAAAGAAUAAUUCAUUACAUUAGUUGUGCAUUUCGGUUCGGCCUCUCAAUUUCAGUAUCACGCUACGAUUCGCUUUUUUGCCUUUUUUGCCUCAGAAGUCUUUCUUGAUACAGAGUAGUCAUUUCCUUGUUUUCCUUUUUUUUCAACUCCUAUUAUUUUUUGAUUUUUUGUUCAGGUAAAAUAAUUCAGCGGGUUUAUUGCGAUUUGCCUUUUUGCAAC